AGCCUUCUCUCUCCCGAGGGCACUUUUUUUUUUUUUGCGUUUUGCGAUGUGUGAUGCUGGCGCAAGGUCAUACGAAACGCACUUUUAUUGUGCGUUGUGCGGCGGCCCUUUUGCAAAAGUAUUUCGCACCGCCGUUCCCCCUGCACCCCCGAACAAUGUCGAUCACAAUCACGAAUUCUACGGAGGCCGUUCGAUAGAUGGAGUGGAUACCGACUUGGAGAAUGAGUUUAACUUGGACCCGGAGGACAAUCGGAUCCUUCCCGAAGAGUUUGUGCUUAACAGCAUGAGCCAUGCGGCUAAACGGAGCAGAGAAUUGCGGCUCCGUGCAGAGAAGGACGGUUUUAGAAGAGGAAUGAUGGGUGAACGGAGGACCGCUCAGCGCGCUUACGAUGGGAGGCUUAUUUCGACCCAGCAGAUGGAAUGGACCAAAAACCUCCGCGCCCUCAUAUACAGGGGGGCGCGGAGGCAGCCACUCAAUCACGAUCGUUACCUGAAUAACGGUCAGAACGCUUACCUCACGGGCAGGGGCUUGAUUCGGCAGUCGAAAAAUUGGGCUGAUGCCUUCGCUUCGGUGGAGGAGGAUGAAGGGCACGAUGAGAGCGACGGCUCCGACAUACACACCGAGCUCCCCGUGUUUUCCGAUGAAGAGAUUCAACAGGGCACCUACGGGUUUAACGUCUAUCAGGAACUCGGCAGACCGGACGCCCUAUACGUUAUAUCAUCGAUACCAUUUCACGACGAAUGUUGGACCAUGUUGGACCUCGCGAUUGAAGAGGCCGGUAAAGAAAGGGGCCUAGACGAGAUGAAUGAGCGGAUAGAGAUGGAUGAUUUGUGGGGUUAUCUCAGAGGGCUUGUGGGGAUGACCGGUGUGAUGGAUAGUUCCAUUGUCCCUCAAUCUACGUGGGCGGCAUUGUUAGAAGAGCGGCGGGGUGACUGGAUUGUUACUAGGCUGGGAGAAGUAGAUUACCGAGAGGGUCAGGGUGCAGGGGAGGGUUGGCAAUGGAAACACGAAGACGGGCUUCAUGUCAGUCACUUGGCUACCUUGAACCCAUGGGAUAGUAGCUGAUAGGUUUUAUUUAGUGGCUUGUUGCUGAUCCAUCUACAAUAUCCGUGCGUAAUUCUCCUCUUCUUCCGCUGGUUUCAAACAAACCAUUGCCAUGCGCACCAAGAGCUGCUCUUAUGGACCCAUUCCAAGUACUUCCUCCGGAAAUAAUCCUCGAGAUUUGCGCCAUGCUCACCUCUACCGACAUAUUCAGUCUUAAGACUGCAACGCCCGCGGCUCACAAUUUGGGCCUUCCCGACUCCUUCUAUCGGAGGUUUUUACGGGACGAGUUCAAAUAUCUUCCCACCCUCGUCAAGACGGUUGGGUACUACGAGACCAUACAUGAGCGCAAGGUACUGGAUGCAAUUGACUGGCGGGGUAGCUUCGAACGCCUUCGGAGGUUGAUGAUGGCCCCGAAGGAUGGAGAAGGAUGGGAAUCAGUGGAUAUUAGUUUGAAGAAUCGAAACAGAAUUUGGAAGAUCGUGAAACCAAUGGCGGAUCAUCUCGUUGAGAGUUCGCCUGCAUUUUUGCUGCACAGAUAUAGCGCGCCCGGGCGCUUUGCAGAAAGGACUGGUCUAGUCAGGGGGUAUGUGGGAGUGCGUACGGGGAAACAAGGGUUGAUUGAGAGUGUUUACUUCGGCCCUCGUACACGAGUCAUCGAUCCGGAUAUAAAAGACGAGGCCGGGGAGCCCCUGCGAGAGGAUUUGGCACUUACUUUAGAUGUGGUUCGGGUUUGGCUUGAUGGUGAGGGUGGGCCUCUAUGUGGUCUGGGAUUUUUCGUGACUAGCGGGGAUCGGGAGGUGCAAAAGUGGGAGAAAUUCGGGAGGCGUGGCAGUAUCUAUGUGGAUGUUGACAUACGUUCGAGAAUUCUGACAGGAUUUGUCUUCUGCUUGCAUAGCUGUAUCGUUUGCGGAGUACAAUUGGUUUUCGAUGACGAUAAAUCGUUUUCCCAGAAGAUCGGACGCUGGAAUGGGGUUUCGCGAAAGAUCACUGCCCCCUCCCGGUAUAGGAAUCUUGUUGGUGUUAUUGGCUUUGUUAACUCUGGUGGAUUUAUUGAGACACUCGGUGUCUUAGAAGAGACCCCCGAGCUGCAACGUGAGGAUGCCAUUGGGCCAUUGCCUUCUCCACCUCAAACGGUUGAACUCACCCACGCGGAGGCGUCUGUCUGGAAGAGACUUCCACCACCGGAUGUUAAGUUGCUCGAGCGCGAAGGGCCUCACAUCAUGGAUUGGCGUAUGUGCAAGGGAGAAUGGGAGAUCUGGGCAAAUGGGUUUCAUGAGGAGGGAGCAGAGGAACUGUGCAGGAAUGAUAGAACACUUUUGGAAAUUGUGGGUUAUUAUGAUGAUACCGCACUCAGAGGGUUGGAAUUUGUGUACAGAGAGCAUAGCAGCAACAGGCGGGUCGCGUCUCUCCUUGGGUCAAAACGAGCGAAAGAGUGGGAUAGCAUUGGUUUUAAAGAGGGAGAAUCAGUGGCUGCCGUUGUCAUUUGCUAUAGCGACGCGUGUGUUCAUGGCAUUCUAGUAGGUCAGCCUCUGCGACUCAUCCAGUAUUGCAUGUUGACUCUCCCUAGUUUGUCACCGGAGGUGGGCGUACAAGUGAGGUUUUUGGACCGCGCUAUCUCGGAACUCACAAGGUUUUUUCCCCAACAGCUAAUAUUGACGGCCAAUCCCAAACAAUUUUUCGCAAAGAUACGACUGGAGACAUCAUAGGCUUGCACUGUUUAUAUGACGAAAAGGACCAAAAGUUUCUACAGCUGGGACUGAUGCUAUUAGAUGAUGUGUAUAAAAUCCACGAGACUGAGCUUCCACGCUCCAUACCUUUUAAUGACCUUGAUUCUAAACUGCAGGUGUGGGAUGAUCGCCCGCCACCGAAAGAUUGGCUGAUAGCUUCUCGCCCAGGAGAGAUGGGCAUUUUCACCCGUGAUUUCGCUCCUGCACAAUUUGGUGGCUGGAUAGAGCUUGGUUCACUGCGCAGGGUCACAAUAUAUGGCAGGAUGAAAGGAGUGCGAUUUUCUUUUGGGGAAGGAAAGGAUCGAUUCUUCGGAUAUGUGCAGGAUGUCAGCAAUGGUGUUUAUGUUCAAGAAAUCGACUAUGAGAGCGGCGAACGAGUGACAGGGAUUGUGGUUGUUAGGGGAGACCCUGCCUGUUCUAGCCCCAGAGAGAGACCGGGUUCUCGAGGUUCCAUAGGGAGCACAUCCACGGGUGGGGACGAGCAGCAGUUUUUGGAUCGAAUCUACGUAUGUUGCUCAGUGGUCGGCCCGGCGGGGGUGCUCGGGGGCUAAUAUUUUAUAGCUUUUGACAAACCGAAAUGAGGGACGACUUCCUCUUCCGGUGAAAUACCGCGUUUCCUCGCCUUAUCUUGUGGCAAUCAAGUUUGAUUUUAGUUACCAUCAACUGAUUUCCUGGGCCCCUAUCUACGCCCCGGACAAGACUGUACCCGCUUCCCGAGGACUCAUCUCCGAGAUGCUUCAGUUUCCGUGGAAGUGUCGUUUGGAUAAUAUAACUGCUGACCGAGACAUCAAGCCUACCUCACCCGUCGCCUGUAUAUUCUUCGACGAGGAGGAAGGAAAACUAAUCGAUGCAGUGAAGGGGUACGUCGACAAAAGAGGCGAUUUUUGUGGUCUCUUGUUCCGGAGGGAAGGCGAUUGGGAGAGCAAUGUCUUUGGUCACCGCUCGGCCUACGAGUUGACCUUUGAGCUGAUGGCAGGGGAACGCUUUACGUCAAUCUUUUUUCCAGAAAAAGGCCUUAAGGCCUUGGCAGUAAGACAUAAUGUACUCUGUAUAGCUGGUUCACUACUGAUGCGGCCUAGCUCUGCACUAACAAGGGUAGGACGACGCCAUGGUUUGGCCGGGGAUCCGGGCGUGUGAUACUCCGUGAACCACCAAGGGGAUUGGAAUCCGUCGGAAUCUAUGGAACCUUGGAUAGGGUGGGUUCCUAGAUGCCUGAUCCCCAUACUCAAUUACUGAACCGUGCUCAGGAAAUCGGAGGCUAUGGAGAAACCAUAGACUGGGCUACCAUAGGGCUACUGUGCCGGCAACAUCGGAGAUACUCCAUUGCGUACUCGAGACCCCAUAGCCCGAUUCCUCCAUCUAUCACACAAUUACCUCAAUCCGAUCCUCAACUGCCAUGGUUUAGCAAUCUCCAGGCACUUCCGGCCGGAGUUUGGCUGUCUCCGCUUGUGGCUCAAAGGGAGGGACAAUAUGUUGGGAAGACCGGAAUUGGUUGCGCCUACUCUCUCUUUGAUCCUGCUCAGCUCGACCAAAUCGUUGCACUCGUCAACUUGUCUGACCGCGCUGGCAUAAAAAGCCUUCGGUUCUGUGGAACAUCUAGGAUGGGUUUGGUAACGUUGGGUGAGUGGCCUGAUAGGGAGGUUGUUAAAAUCAAAGGGCCUGCAAGGAUGAGAAUUUCGGGUCCGAAUGGGGAGCGGAUCGAGAAAGUUAAGGUAGCAUUUCAGAGGCUUGACCAGCAUGACCGGGUAGUGGGAUUGUCCAUGGAAACCAAUUUCGGUCGGCUCAAUAAGGUCUUUAGCUCUGAACUGUGCCCUGAGCGACCGAUACAUUUGUCUCCUCAUAAUGUAAAAAGCUUGGAGUGUGCUGAAACUGAGGAAAUUGUUGGGUUUCAUGGGAUCGUCAGCGUAGGUUCUUAGUUUUUUUAGUUUGUUUUAUUUUUGUAAUACUGGCUGAUAGUAUUCUAGGACCAUAAUAUCCACGACCUCGGCCUUGUCCUCAGGCGGAGCUCUAUGUUUGCUUCUUAUUGAGGGGCCCUAGCUGAGCGGAUGGAGAGGGUUUACCUUUGCGUCCAAUUAACAAUUGUUUUUUCCUUUUUUGUCUAUAUCCAUUUAUAUUGUUUGUUUUAAUCCAGAUCAGAAUGCACGACAUGUUCCCCUUGAUGUAUUUAUAGGAGGCGUUCUAGUGCCUUAGCAUGCUAGAAGUGGGGGUCCACUUUUACCUUAUUUUCCUGGUUCAUAAUGUUUUGGAGAUUGUGGGGACUCGUGCCCGGGUGCGAGAUCGAUUGUUGGAAGUAGAUAACCCCUUUAUGGAACCGGGUUCCAGUUCGGUUCAAUUUCAGCUAGUACAAGGAGUGUGACAGGAUGUUAGGCAGGAGGGCACGUAGGACGCACGAGGGCGAAGUAGGAGUUGGAAAGUGUAAGGGGUGGGUGGCUCGAACGUCCUCUCCCCGUCGAUGAUAGAAGGAGUAGGCGUGUGUUACUGAAACCCUACCGGGAAGAUUAUACUUGACCAUGGAGCUAUCCCCGUGGCUAAGCACUUAUAGGACCUUUUGAGUAGGAUGUCCUACAAUAAAAUUAAGAAUUCAAUGAGUGCCAUGUGGUAU